GUGAUCUUCCUACCUCAGCUUCCCCAGUAGCUGGACUACAGGAGAAAAUGAUGAAUGUCAAAGGAAAAGUAAUUCUGUCAAAGCUGGUUGUCUCAACUGUGAUCAUUGUGUUUUGGGAAUAUAUCAAUAGCCCAGAAGGCUCUUUCUUGUCGAUAUAUCGCUCAAAAAACCCAGAAGUUGAUGACAGCAGUGCUCAGAAGAGCUGGUGGUUUCCGAGCUGGUUUAACGAUGGGAUCCACAAUUAUCAACAAGAAGAAGACAUAGACAAAAAAGAGGAAGAGAGAGACCGAAGAAAGGAAGAUGACACAGCAGAGCUUCGGCUAUGGGACUGGUUUAAUCCAAGUAAGAAAAGUGAGGUUGUGAGAGUGACCAGAUGGAAGGCACCGGUUGUGUGGAAAGGCACUUACAACAAAGCCAUCCUAGGAAAUUAUUAUGCCAAACAGAAAACUACUGUGGGAUUGACGGCUUUUGCUAUUGGAAGAUAUAUUGAGCAUUACUUGGAAGAGUUCAUAACACCUGCUAAUAGGUACUUCAUGGUCGGCCACAAAGUCAUAUUUUACAUCAUGGUGGAUGAUGUCUCCAAGGUGCUGUUUAUAGAGCUGGGUCCUCUGCAUUCCUUAAAAGUGUUUGAGGUCAAGCCAGAGAAGAGGUGGCAACACAUCAGCAUGAUAUGUGUGAAGAUCAUCGGGGAGCACAUCUUGGCCCACAUCCAACACGAGGUCGACUUCCUCUUCUGCAUGGAUGUAGACCAGGUCUUCCAAGACAAUUUUGGGGUGAAGACCCUAGGCCAGUCAGUGGCUCAGCUACAGCCCUGGUGGUACAAGGCAGAUCCUGAUGACUUUACCUAGGAGAGGCAGAAAGAGUCGGCAGCAUACAUUCCAUUUGGCCAGGGGGAUUUUUAUUACCACACGGCCAUUUUUGGAGGAACACCCAUUCAGGUUCUCAAUAUCACCCAGGAGUGCUUUAAGGGAAUCCUCCUGGAAAAGAAAAAUGACAUAGAAGCUGAAUGGCAUGAUGAAAGCCACCUAAACAAGUAUUUCCUCCUCGACAAACCCUCUAAAAUCUUAUCCCUAGAAUACUGCUGGGAUUAUCAUAUCAGCCUGCCUUCAGAUAUUAAAACUGUCAAGCAGUCGUGGCAGACAAAAGAGUAUAAUUUGGUUAGAAAUAUCAUCUGACUUCAAAUUGUGCCAGUAGAUUUCUGAAUUUGAGAGAGGAGUAUUCUGGUUACUUCCUCAGAAAAGUAACACUUAAUUUUAAGUUAAAAAAAAAACACUAGUGAAACACCAACAUGGCAAACCCAUACCAUUCCUCCUUGUAACUUGAGGCUUUGUAAUGUGGGAGAAUGAAUCUAGGGUAAUCAGAUUCAUUACCCUAGGGUAAAUCAGAUUCAUAGGGUAAAUUCCCAGUGAUUUCUUAUCUAUUUUGGGUUAGGGGGAAAUACUAUCAACUGAACCAAAAAGAACUUGUCAUAGGCAAAGAUAAAGCCAGAAACACUCUACACAUGCCACAUAACAUCUGGAGAAAAGGGUGCAAGAUAUGAUUGUAAGGGGUUGUCCCUUGAGUUCAAUGCCUGCCUAUUUCCAAUGCAUCUAAAACAACAUGAAGUUACUGUGCAGCAGAGCUCUCAGUAAAGACACCAUUUGCCUUGGCAAUCCUCAAAAUGCUUCAAUAGCAGAUUGCUUCAGGCCAUCUGUAGUCCGUCCUUUUCUCAUCAGGAUGUUGUUUGACUUCUGUGCGAAAAAUUGGUGGAGUGUCCUAGUAGAUAUCAUGGUGGUGCGUGAUCAGAGUCUCAAGGAACCUGAAUGAGCCAAGGUGCCCAGCAUGAAGUCAAAAUAAAGCCUUGACAUGAGUUUGCAUGAAAUAGCAAAGAGAGAGUGGAAGAGAGGAGCCGAUCACUGUGGGGCAGUGCCACCCUGGGGGCACUUAGGGCAUGGGAUUGGUGCUUAAAUACAUCACGGAUCCAGGCACUGAAUGGGAGGAAGUGUGGGUGAUUUCCAGCCUCAUUGACCCUAUGAAUGACAAGCAGCGGGGACUUGAACGGAAGAUGUUUCUUGUGUUGCCUAAGUGGUAUUCAGUCUACCAGACUGCAACUUGCAUUUUCUAAUCCUUGGCAAAGAGAUGUGGAUGGUGUCAGAGAAGGCAAAGGCCUGCAGUGGAUUGAAGAGGCUUGCAAGCAGUUCCGUUUCUAGGAUGGGGGCUUCAUCAGAGGACACUCGGUCAUCAGCUGGUCUCACCACUUAGUCUAAACCUCAGGGUUCCUCAGCCCCUCAUACCCCAACUUGGAGGGCUAAAAUUCAGAAGUAGACUGGAGAAACAGCCUUCCCAUCAAGUAACCUCUUGUUUUCUCCUGCUCCAUCUGCACUGUGGAAGUGUAACAAUUAGACAUACUUGGCAAAACGGUUAAUUGAUUUUGUAACAGAAGCAUGAGCCAUAACAAUGGGAGAUCUAGUAUGACUGAACAGUUUAACAUUCAAUUCCCUUCUCUAAGAGAAGCUGUGAAAUCCUACAUAUUAUUUAAAGUUAACCAAAUCAACAUAAAGGAAGUUAGGAGGCAACAUGUACAUAUGCACAUAUCUUUGUAUUUUGCUUGUGUUCCAGUCUAGGUCAUUUGUUUCCAUUUUCAAGCAAUUUAUUUGAAAAGCCAUUGCACUAGCCUGUUGUAUACUGCAAUGAGCUUCUUUUAUAAAAUGAAACUUAGAUUUUUCUUGACCAUUUCACUGUGCCUCCUACUUCAUUUCUUGCCAAACAAUCUGACAUCCAACAAAACAAAACAAAACAAAAACUCUGAAUUAGUAGGCUUUAAAAAGGAAAAAGUAGGGCUUUGAAAAAGGAAAAGUAGAUCACACAUCAAUUAAGACUCCUGCUUCUCUAUUAGUCAGGUUGUCUUGGAUUCAGUCUGGAGUAGGGAGAGUUUAAGGGUUUUUAAGUC